AUGGUGAGCGCUGGCCCGGCCAUGGUGAGCGCUGGCCCGGCCGUGGUGAGCGCUGGCCCGGCCAUGGUGAGCGCUGGCCCGGCCGUGGUGAGCGCUGGCCCGGCCGUGGUGAGCGCUGCCCGGCCGUGGUACCGCCAGGACCCCCCGCGCCCCGCCGCCCUCGCCUACCCCGGCCCCGCCGCCGCCGCCGACGCCGCCGCCUUCGCCCCCGGCUUCCAGGGAGCCGCCGGCCGGGCCCUGUACGGCAGCGCCGAGCUCGUCUUCCCCGAGGCCGUGGGGCACCCGGCGCUGCCCGUCGGGCCCCCCCAGCUGGGGGGCUCGGCCCUGCCGCACCCGCACCCCUUCUUCGGGCCGCAGCACCGCGACCCGCUCAACUUUUACCCCUGGGUGCUGCGGAACCGCUUCUUCGGCCACCGCUUCCAAGGGAGCGAGGUGUCCCAGGAGAGCCUCCUGCUGCACGGCCCCUUCGCCCGCAAGCCCAAGCGCAUCCGCACGGCCUUUUCCCCGUCGCAGCUGCUGCGCCUGGAGAGAGCCUUCGAGAAGAACCACUACGUGGUGGGCGCCGAGCGCAAGCAGCUGGCCAGCAGCCUCAGCCUCUCCGAGACACAGGUGAAGGUGUGGUUCCAGAACAGGCGGACGAAAUACAAACGGCAGAAGCUGGAGGAGGAGGGCCCCGACUCGGACCAGAAGAAGAAGGGCUCGCACCACAUCAACCGAUGGCGCCUGGCCACCAAGCAGUCGAGCGGAGAAGACAUCGACGUCACCUCCAACGACUAAGGCAGGGACACGCUGCUGGCGCGGCCACCAUGCACAGGAGCCCGGCGCGGCCAGCGGGGACAGCGGCGGCGGCACCCCGCGGACUGUAGGGACACAGCCCGACCCGUCCCCCCCGCGCCCGGGGCCACCCUCGGAGGGGCUUUCGGGGAGCCCCGGCCGAGCCCAGCGGGGAGAGGAGGCUGCCAGGGCGGCCCCGGAGCGCGCAUCCCGCCCGGCGCCGGCUCCGGCCGGUCCUGCCACAAGCUCCGUGCUCCGAGCCCUUCUCCCUUCGCCUUUUUAUUCUCGUUCCCCACCGUUUCCUUUCUCCCACCCCUGAUUUUCUCCGUUGGUUUCAUCGUUUGGGUUUUUUUUUUUGGUUUUUUUUUUAAAUGAGGAUUUGUUUUAAUUUAUUCUUUCUCCCCGUGCCCGUGUGCGUGCGUUCCCUCCCGUAGGUAGCGGCUGUAGUGAGUGUCACUGCGUGGAAAUAAAAGAAAAACCUGCUGGAAGCUCACCUGGACAGCGCUGUCCCCGGGGCACGGCCACGGGGGGACACCGGGGGACACUGGGGGCACU